AUGAGCCUCGUCCCCAAGUUACAGCAAGCAUGCUUUUCCAGCGGAGUAAGGUCCCUUUCGCCGCUAAAGGGCAGGUCAUAUGCCACGGCAGCAGAAGCUGUCGACCUCAGAGCGCCUCCUAGCCCAAUUGAUUCCUUCCUACAAGGCGGGGCGGCAAAUUACGUCGACGAGAUGUAUUUAGCAUGGAAGGCCAACCCCAAAGACGUCCACGUCUCCUGGCAGACUUACUUCCGCAACAUGGAGGACCCGACAGUGCCGUCAACGCAGGCAUUCACACCCCCACCCGGCUUGAUGUCAAGCCGGUAUACAGAAGAUACACCGGUCAUCAGCGCGGCAGGAAGUAGUGAUGCGGUGAACUAUCUCAAAGCCCAGAGCAUCGUACACGCGUUCCAAGAACACGGUCAUACCAAAGCCAAGAUCAAUCCCCUGGGAGAUAUCGACAACGGCACGAUCCACGCUCACCCCGAGCUCCCCAUCUCGUCCAACCUCAGCAAGUACGGCUUCACCACAGCCGACCUCGACCGCGAGAUCCCCCUUGGCCCAGACCUUUUUCCCCACCUCGCCAGCACCACCAAAUCCAUGUCUCUCCGCGACAUCAUCGCCACCUGCGAGAAGAUCUACUCUGGCUCCUUCGGCGUCGAGUACCGCCACAUCUCCGACCCCGCAAAACGCGACUGGAUCCGCCAACGAGUCGAGACAUACCACGCCUCCGCACCCUCACCCGCCGAGAAGCAGCGCAUCCUCGACACCCUCAUCUGGGCGACCUCCCUCGAGCGCUUCCUCGCGACCAAGUUCCCCAACGAGAAGCGCUUCGGCCUCGACGGCGCGGAGGGCCUUGCCCCGGGCCUGGCGGCGCUGAUGGACCGCUGCGCUGACGUCCACGGCGUGCGGGACAUCGUCAUCGGGAGCUGCCACCGUGGGCGGAUGAACGUGAUGAGCACCGUCUACGGCAAGGACUUCGAGACGCUCUUCCGGCAGUUUGCGGGGACGGAGAGGUUUGAUACGGAGGGCGGGCAGACGGGUGAUGUGAAGUACCACUUCGGCAUGGAGGGCGAGAGGACGACGGCGGGCGGGGGUGUGGUCGGUGUGGAGAUGCUGCCGAACCCGUCGCAUCUCGAGGCCGUUGACCCUGUUGCGCAGGGCAAGGCGAAGGCUGUGCAGGAGAUCAAGGGGGACGUGGACCAGUCCAAGGUCAUGUUCAUGGCACUACACGGGGACGCAGCUUUCUCCGGGCAGGGACCGGUAUACGAGACUCUGAAUCUGUCGGCGUUGAAGGGGUACGAGGUCGGCGGGACGGUGCGGCUCAUGGUGAACAACCAGAUCGGCUUCACAACAGACUCACCCGACUCCCGAUCGACGCCGUACUGCUCCGACCUGGCCAAGUACAUCGAAGCCCCGAUCCUCCACGUCAACGCCGACGACCCGGAGGCGGUCGUGUUCCUGUGCAAGCUCGCUGCCGACUGGCGGGCCGAGUUCCGGUCUGACAUCGUCAUCGACGUCAACUGCUACCGGCGCUUCGGGCACAACGAGAUCGACCAGGCGAGCUUCACGCAGCCGGAGAUGUACAAACGGAUUGCGGCGCAGCCGGCGUUACUGGAGAAGUACGUUGAGAAGCUGGUUGGCGAGGGGACGAUACAGGCGGAGGUGGUGGAGGAGCAGAAGAGGUGGGUUUGGGAGCAGUUGGAGGAGAAGCUGGCGAGGAGCAAGCUGCCUGUUGAAGAUCUGGAGACUGGAGAUAAAGCCACUCCCGAACCUUUGUCCACAUCGAGGGCAGUGAGCGAGGCAACCCUUUCAACCAUCGCCGAGGCAAUCACCAGCGUGCCAGAAGGCUUCAACCUCCACCGCAACCUCCAACGUAUCCUCGCCGCCAAAAAGCAAGCCUUCGACGCCGGCGUCGUCGACUGGUCCACCGCAGAAGCCCUCGCCUUCGGCUCUCUCGUCCUGGAAGGCAAGCCAGUGCGCAUCAGCGGCCAAGACGUCGAGCGCGGGACCUUCUCCCAGCGCCACUCGGUCCUGCACGACCAAACCACGCACGCUGAAUACACGCCCCUGAACCAUCUCCACGAAGGCCAACCCGCGUGUUACACCGCCGUCAACUCGCCGCUGAGCGAGUUCGGGGUGCUGGGCUUCGACUACGGGUACUCCCUCGCGGCCCGGGAUUCGCUGGUCAUGUGGGAGGCGCAGUUUGGCGACUUUGCAAAUAAUGCGCAGGUUGUGAUUGACCAGUUCAUUGCUUCAGGCGAGGCGAAGUGGUUGUUGGAGAGCGGGCUUGUGAUGUCGUUGCCGCAUGGGUAUGAUGGCCAGGGACCGGAACAUUCGUCGGCGAGGCUGGGCAGGUUUCUGGAGCUGGGGAGUGAGGAUCCGAGAGCGUGGCCUGAGGAUCUGGAGAGGGCGAGGAGGGAGUGUAAUGUGCGGAUUGUGUACAUGACGGCGCCGGCGAAUUUGUUUCAUGCGUUGAGGCGGCAGAUUUAUUCGCCUUAUAAGAAGCCCCUCAUCAUCUUCUUCUCUAAAUCCCUUCUCCGCCAUCCCCUGGCACGAUCAUCUGUACAAGAGCUCACCGGCACAUCGACCUUCCAGCCAGUCCUCUCUGACCCAGAGCACGGCAACAGCAUCUUACCCCGAGAAGAAAUCAGCCGUGUCAUCCUCUGCAGCGGCCAAGCCUACGCCUCGCUCCAUAAACACCGCGAAGCAAAUGGCAUCAAGAACACAGCCAUCACGCGCAUCGAGGAGCUGCAUCCCUUCCCGUGGGCUGAGGUCAAGGAGAACCUCGACUCGUACCCGAACGCGCAGGCGAUCGUGUGGUGUCAGGAGGAACCAUAUAACGGAGGUGCUUGGCAGUACAUGCGCGAUAGGCUGGAGACGGUGGCAUCGGAGUCGGGGAAUCACAAGUUCAGUCGGAUCGUGUACGCUGGGAGGGGGACUGGGGCGGCGGCGGCGACGGGGUCGAAGAAGGUGCAUCAGGCGGAGGAGGAGAGAUUGUUGGCGGAUGCUUUCGGUGAAGAUCAAGUUUAA